UCCCGGUAGUGCCCGGAGGCCCAGCGGUAUCUCCGCGAUCCUUGCCCCGGGGGCCGCAAAUUAAUAAUUAACAGCGGCCCGAGGGCAAAGCCAAGGUCGGGACGAACCUCUCCCGGUCGCGUCGUGCUCCCCAUCCCGGUGCCGGUGCCAGCGGCGGGGAUGUGGCCGUACGCGGUGGCCGUGCUGCUGGCGCUGCUCCUGCUGCGCCGCUGGCACCGGGAGCGGCAGCCGGUGCCGCGGCUCUCGGAGAAGCACGUGCUGAUCACGGGAUGCGACAGCGGCUUCGGGAAGCUGCUGGCCCGGCAGCUGGACGCGCGGGGGCUGCGGGUGCUCGCCGCCUGCCUGACGGACAGCGGCGCCGCGGAGCUGCGGGCGGCCAGCUCCGAGCGGCUGCACACCGUCCUGCUGGAUGUCACCUGCAGCAAGAGCAUCGCCCGUGUCGCCGCCUGGGUCCGGGAGCAUGUGGGUGAUCAAGGGCUCUGGGGGCUGGUGAACAACGCCGGCAUCGCCAUCCCCACGGCCCCGAACGAGUGGCUGAGCAAGGAGGACUUUGUCAAGGUGCUGAACGUCAACCUGGUGGGGCUGGUGGAGGUGACGCUGAGCCUGCUGCCGCUGCUGCGGCGGGCGCGGGGCCGCGUGGUCAACGUGGCCAGCGUGAUGGGCCGCGUGUCCUGCUUCGGGGGAGGCUACUGCAUCUCCAAAUUCGGCGUGGAAGCCUUUUCUGACAGCCUCAGGUACGGCUGCUGCAGCCCCCGGAGCUCUCCCGGU